AUGCCAGGCUCUUUCCCUAACAACUCAGCACAUUUGCAGUGUGUGGCUGAAGCAGCAUUCCAGCACUUACUAUUACCCAUCGUUUACGGCCUGGUUUGCGUCCUGAGCCUGGCCUCAAAUGGCGUGGCCUUAUGGAGCUCUUGGGUCUACCGAGCCCAGGCCCCACCCAUCAUGAUCUUCAUCUACAACCUGAUUAUCAUUGACCUGCUCUUUGCCCUGUCGCUGCCAUCACAGGCAGUGUAUCAUGCCAGACACAAUGACUGGCCCUUUGGGGAAGGCCUGUGCAAGGUCACCAAUGCCCUCUUCCUGGCCAACAUGUUCUGCUGUACCCUCUUCCUGGCUUGCAUCUGCUUGGAGCGUUAUGUGGCUGUCGUCCAUCCUGUCUUCUACCUGCGCCUCAAAUGGCCUCUGUAUCGGGUGCUGCUCUCCAUGGCUAUCUGGUCUUUGGUAGGGAUUGGAUUGCUGAUCUUCUUCUCCAAGAGCACCGUGACUCAUCGCUUCUCCAACGGAAACACCGCCUGCAUGGAAAACUUCCCAGCCCAAGUUUGGAAUGGAAGUCUGGCAGCCAUGAUCCUAUUUUCCUCAGCCCUGGGCUUCUUCCUGCCCUUCCUUACUAUCAUUAUCUGUUCCAUUGUGGUUGCCCACCGAAUUAUGAAUCUGGGCCAUGGGACAAUGCAGUCAUCUUCAUUGCGUAGGCAUUCCCUUCAAACCCUCUUGAUGGUGAUGAGCCUUCUCAUCUUCUGUUUUCUCCCUUUUCAUACCAUCCAUGUGCUACACACCCUGGGCCGUAUUGGCGUUCUUUCAGCUCCAGGAUUGCUGCACUUCACUUGCUCAGCCCAGCGUGCAGCUAUGGCCCUUGCUAGUAUUAACAGUGCUCUUGACCCCCUGGUAUACUAUUUUAACAUGAAGUCUGCUGAUUGGAAGCUACCAUGCUGUGGCACAGUCAGCCAAAAUCUUAUGGAGCCAGGUGAGAUUGCUAAUAGCACAGGGGAACGCCGUAGAAGGAACAUAAUUCUUAAAGACUGAACUUGGUCUAUGGCUUCUUUCUGAUAGCUAGGUGAAAGAGGUGUCUUCCCCUGGAUAUUAUUGUAAUUUAAGUUAUAAGCUCCUCUUGGCCAGAGAGAAAGAUUGAGAGAAAGAGGGAAAGAAAAAUCUUAUCCCUGAGUUAUUGAUUUAAUGCUUGCCUUGACUGGCAUGAUGCAUCGUUAGCCCAGCCUAUAUCAUGGCCUUGUUUAAGUUAAGAUAUAGGGGAAUGGAUGAAACUGUAUCUCCCAAUCUUGUCUUCACCACAGUGUUUGUUCUAUAGUUCCCACUGACCCAAACAGUGCUCCAAUGGACAAUGCUGGUCGGUCAUCAGGUUGAAGGAUAGAUUAGAAUGUCCUUUCAAGAUCUGAUAAGAACUGUAGCCCAAGAACAAUCAGUCGGAAGCAGUGGGAGCAAAGACUGGUCUAAAGAAGAGGAGAGAAAAUAAAAAUAAACCAGGAAUCCAGACUAGAGAAAUCAGAUUCGUGUUGCAAUAAUCUGGGUUAGAAUUGCUCCCUUUUGCUGCCAUCUAAUGACCAGAACAUGAUUGCUGACUAGUUCUUUCACCCUAAUACAGAUGACCGCAGAAAAUAAUGGUUUGGGAAGCAACACAAAAUUGUGCUUGUUGUGAUUCUAAUUGUAGAGUUCAUGUAUUGUGCUGAACCAUAACAUAAUUUGGUUUGGGUUACUGUGCUGUUCAAGUUAGCACUGUGCUUUCUAAACUAUGAUUUUAUAGCAUUUUUGUGUAGUGUGUGAAUUCAGCCAUUAUAAUUUGUUCAACAGAUUAUGGUUAACAAAAGCUUGACAAGGAGAAGCUUUGGCAGGCAAGACUCAGAAUUCAGGAAUAACAUGAGGCAAGGAAAGACUGGAAACAUUGCAAUUGUUGGGAUUGUUACUUUCUAUUUAUAUAAUUGUG